AAUGGCUACGAAUGACUCCAAGGCGCCUUUGCGCCAAGUAAAAAGGGUACAGUUUGGUAUAAUUUCGCCAGAUGAAAUACGACGUAUGUCAGUCACGGAAGGGGGUAUCCGCUUCCCCGAAACCAUGGAAGGCGGAAGGCCCAAGCUUGGAGGCCUCAUGGAUCCUCGACAAGGGGUGAUCGACAGAAGCUCCCGAUGCCAGACGUGUGCUGGCAACAUGACUGAAUGCCCUGGACACUUUGGCCAUAUUGAUCUAGCCAAGCCAGUAUUUCACAUUGGUUUCAUAACAAAAACUAUAAAAAUAUUAAGAUGUGUUUGUUUCUAUUGUUCAAAACUGCUUGUUAGUCCGACAAAUCCAAAGAUAAAAGAAGUUGUGAUGAAGUCAAAAGGACAGCCUCGUAAAAGAUUAACUUAUGUGUAUGACUUAUGUAAAGGCAAAAACAUUUGUGAGGGUGGUGAAGACAUGGAUAUAGGGAAAGAAGGGGAGGAGGCUAAGAAAGGCUCGGGCCAUGGAGGUUGUGGUCAUUACCAGCCUUCAAUCAGGAGACAGGGACUUGACCUUUCAGCUGAAUGGAAACAUGUCAAUGAAGACACACAAGAGAGAAAGAUCAUCAUUACUGCUGAAAGAGUUUGGGAAAUUCUAAAACACAUUACUGAUGAGGAGUCCUUUAUCCUGGGAAUGGAUCCAAAAUUUGCCAGACCUGAUUGGAUGAUAGUCACAGUUCUUCCUGUUCCACCAUUGUCAGUGCGACCGGCUGUGGUCAUGUUUGGGGCUGCCAAGAAUCAGGAUGAUCUGACACACAAACUUGCUGACAUCAUCAAAGCAAACAAUGAGUUACAAAGAAACGAACAGUCUGGGGCUGCCGCUCAUGUUCUCGCUGACAACAUUAGAAUGCUUCAGUUUCAUGUGGCCACUUUUGUUGAUAAUGACAUGCCUGGUAUGCCAAAAGCCAUGCAAAAAUCUGGUAAACCACUUAAAGCAAUCAAAGCACGACUGAAGGGAAAAGAAGGAAGGAUUCGAGGAAAUCUCAUGGGAAAACGUGUUGAUUUUUCGGCACGUACUGUCAUUACACCAGAUCCCAACUUGCGUAUUGAUCAAGUAGGAGUACCACGAUCAAUUGCUCAAAACUUAACAUUCCCAGAGUUAGUAACACCAUUCAAUAUAGACAGAAUGCAGGAGCUUGUACGACGAGGCAAUGCUCAAUACCCAGGGGCCAAGUACAUUGUCCGGGACAAUGGAGAGAGGAUAGACUUGAGAUUCCACCCUAAACCAUCAGAUUUGCAUUUACAAUAUGGAUACAAAGUCGAGCGCCAUCUGAGAGAUGACGACUUGGUUAUUUUCAAUCGUCAGCCAACACUACACAAAAUGAGUAUGAUGGGUCACAGAGUAAAAGUACUGCCAUGGUCAACAUUUCGUAUGAAUUUAAGUUGCACUUCACCUUAUAACGCCGAUUUUGACGGAGACGAAAUGAACUUGCAUGUGCCCCAGUCCAUGGAGACUCGUGCUGAAGUAGAAAACAUUCACAUAACACCUCGACAGAUUAUUACUCCACAAGCUAACAAACCCGUCAUGGGUAUUGUGCAGGACACUCUUACUGCUGUUCGAAAAAUGACUAAGAGAGAUGUUUUCUUGACAAAAGAACAGGUCAUGAACCUUCUGAUGUUCUUACCCACUUGGGAUGGUAAAAUUCCUCAGCCUUGCAUUUUGAAACCCCAGCCAUUAUGGACUGGAAAGCAAAUAUUUACUCUGAUCAUCCCAGGCAACGUCAACAUGAUUCGCACGCAUUCCACUCAUCCUGAUGAAGAAGAUGAUGGGCCUUACAAAUGGAUUUCCCCUGGAGAUACUAAAGUAGUAGUAGAGCAUGGAGAGCUCCUCAUGGGAAUAUUGUGUAAAAAAUCACUUGGUGCCUCUGCUGGUUCUCUUCUGCACAUUUGCAUGUUGGAGCUGGGCCAUGAAACUGCUGGACGAUUUUAUGGUAAUAUUCAAACUGUGAUUAACAACUGGCUCUUGCUGGAAGGCCAUUCCAUUGGUAUUGGAGACACUAUUGCCGAUCCGCAAACAUAUCAAGAAAUUCAGCGCGCUAUAGUUAAAGCUAAGGAUGAUGUAAUAGAGGUCAUUCAAAAAGCUCACAACAUGGAAUUGGAGCCUACUCCUGGUAAUACCUUGAGGCAGACAUUCGAGAAUCAAGUGAAUCGUAUUCUUAAUGACGCUCGUGACAAGACUGGUGGAUCAGCUAAGAAAUCACUGACUGAAUACAAUAACCUCAAAGCUAUGGUGGUAUCAGGUGCCAAGGGAUCCAACAUUAACAUUUCCCAGGUUAUAGCUUGCGUGGGACAACAAAACGUUGAAGGUAAACGUAUUCCAUUCGGUUUUAGAAAGAGAACUCUACCACACUUCAUCAAAGACGAUUAUGGUCCCGAGUCCAGAGGUUUUGUAGAAAAUUCGUAUCUUGCCGGUCUAACCCCCUCGGAGUUCUAUUUCCACGCCAUGGGAGGUCGUGAAGGUCUUAUUGAUACUGCCGUAAAGACCGCUGAAACUGGUUAUAUCCAACGUCGUCUCAUAAAGGCUAUGGAGUCUGUAAUGGUUCACUACGACGGAACCGUGCGUAACUCCGUCGGACAGCUCAUUCAGUUGAGAUACGGCGAGGACGGCCUGGCUGGAGAAACUGUAGAGUUCCAAAAUCUACCAACUGUGAAAUUAUCGAACAAGGCCUUUGAAAAGAAAUUCAAAUUUGACCCUUCAAAUGAACGAUACCUAAAGAGAAUAUUCAAUGAAGAAAUUAUUAAAGAGCUCACGGAAUCCGCAUACGUUAUUGCCGAUCUUGAAAGCGAAUGGGAGCAACUCAAUAAGGACAGAGAAGUGUUGCGUCAGAUCUUCCCCAGUGGAGAAUCUAAAGUUGUACUCCCAUGCAACUUCAAGAGAAUGAUCUGGAAUGUUCAGAAGAUUUUCCAUAUAAACAAACGUAUGCCAACAGACCUAAGUCCCAUCAAAGUUAUACAAGGAGUCAAGGACCUUUUGAAAAAAUGUGUCAUUGUAGCUGGCGAAGAUCGCUUAUCAGUACAGGCUAAUGAAAACGCUACUUUAUUGUUCCAAUGUCUCGUGAGAUCUACACUUUGCACAAAGUUUGUUGCUGAAGAAUACAGAUUAUCAAGUGAGGCAUUUGAGUGGUUGAUUGGAGAAAUUGAGACUCGCUUCCAACAGGCUCAAGUUAACCCGGGAGAAAUGGUGGGCGCCCUGGCCGCGCAAUCUCUGGGAGAACCCGCCACUCAGAUGACACUGAACACUUUCCAUUUUGCUGGUGUGUCGUCCAAAAACGUAACGCUUGGUGUGCCACGUCUGAAGGAAAUUAUCAAUAUUUCCAAGAAACCAAAGGCGCCUUCCCUAACCGUGUUUUUAACAGGCGGUGCGGCACGUGAUGCUGAGAAAGCUAAGAAUGUACUUUGCAGGCUGGAACACACAACAUUGCGUAAAGUUACCGCUAAUACAGCUAUUUACUAUGACCCUGACCCUCAAAAUACAGUUAUUGCUGAAGAUCAAGAGUUCGUCAAUGUCUACUAUGAAAUGCCUGACUUUGAUCCUACAAAGAUUUCACCCUGGCUUCUACGUAUAGAGUUGGACCGUAAGAGGAUGACAGAUAAGAAACUUACCAUGGAACAGAUCGCAGAAAAGAUUAACGCCGGUUUUGGAGAUGACUUGAACUGUAUCUUCAACGACGAUAACGCAGAAAAGCUUGUAUUGCGUAUCAGAAUCAUGAAUAACGAAGAAAGCAAAUUCCAAGAUAAUGAUGAAGAGACAGUAGAUAAAAUGGAAGAUGACAUGUUCUUGCGCUGUAUUGAAGCCAAUAUGUUGUCAGACAUGACGCUGCAGGGUAUAGAAGCGAUCGGUAAAGUAUACAUGCACUUGCCUCAAACGGAGGCGAAGAAACGCAUUAUUAUCACUGAACAGGGAGAGUUCAAGGCUAUCGCCGAAUGGUUAUUGGAAACUGACGGUACUUCUCUCAUGAAAGUAUUGUCCGAAAGGGACGUCGAUCCGAUCAGAACGUUCAGUAACGACAUUUGCGAAAUAUUCCAAGUGUUGGGUAUCGAGGCCGUGCGUAAAUCAGUAGAGAAGGAAAUGAACGCUGUGCUGCAGUUCUACGGUCUGUACGUCAACUAUCGGCAUCUUGCGUUGCUUUGUGAUGUCAUGACGGCUAAAGGUCACCUUAUGGCUAUCACCCGUCACGGUAUCAAUAGACAAGACACUGGCGCGCUCAUGAGAUGCUCGUUCGAGGAAACUGUAGACGUGCUGCUGGACGCUGCCAGUCAUGCUGAAGUGGAUCCGAUGAGAGGAGUGUCGGAAAAUAUUAUCAUGGGACAGUUGCCAAGAAUGGGCACAGGAUGCUUCGAUUUGCUCCUCGACGCCGAGAAAUGCAAGCACGGUAUGGAAAUGGGCGGUCUCGGCGUCGGCAUGGGCGUCGGCGGCGGCAUGUACUUCGGCGUGGGCACGCCGUCUAUGACGCCACUCAUGACUCCCUGGUCUACGCAGAACACGCCGGGCUAUGGCAGCAGCGUCUGGUCUCCUGGUCAAGUGGGAAGCAUCAUGACGCCCGGCGGGCCGUCGUUCUCGCCGUCCGGGGCAUCGGACGCUUCGGGCCUGUCGCCCGCCUACAGCGCCUGGUCGCCGCAGCCCGGCUCCCCCGGCUCGCCCGGCCCGCCGCUGUCGCCCUACGCCUCCCCGGGCGCCUCGCCCUCCUACUCGCCCACCAGCCCCGUGUACGCCGCCGCCUCCCCCAGCCUCACCCCCGCCUCCCCGCACUACUCGCCCACCAGCCCCUCCUACUCGCCCACCUCGCCCAACUACUCCCCGACCUCCCCCAUCUACUCCCCGGCCUCCCCGAGCUAUUCGCCCACGUCGCCCGGCUACUCGCCGACUUCCCCGUCAUAUUCGCCCACGUCCCCCAGCUACUCCCCGACGUCGCCGAGCUACUCCCCUACGAGCCCGGCCUACUCUCCCACAUCCCCGAGUUACUCGCCCACUUCACCCAGCUACUCACCGACGAGCCCCUCCUACUCGCCCACGAGCCCGUCUUACUCUCCGACGAGUCCCGCGUACUCACCCGCGUCUCCGGGCUACUCGCCAUCAUCGCCGAGCUACUCGCCAACGAGCCCCGUCUACAGUCCCGCGUCCCCGAGCUAUUCGCCCUCGUCGCCGAAUUACACGCCAACAUCCCCCGCGUAUUCUCCUACGAGUCCGUCGUACUCUCCCACUUCUCCGGCGUACUCUCCCACUUCGCCGAGCUACUCGCCGUCGUCCCCGAAAUAUUCCCCGACUUCGCCGAACUAUUCCCCGACUUCCCCGUCGAUCGCGGGCGGCAGUCCUACUUAUUCCCCGACCAGCCCGCAAUACUCGCCGACGAGCCCUCAGUACUCGCCGGCCAGCCCGGCGUACUCGCCCUCGUCGCCGCAGCACCCGGGCAGCACGCGCUACUCCCCAUCCUCCCCGAACUACUCUCCGUCUUCCCCGAACUACUCGCCGUCGUCGCCGGGCUACUCGCCCUCGUCGACCAAGUACUCGCCGACGUCGCCCACUUACACUCCUACGUCACCCAAUUACUCUCCUUCUUCCCCCGCCUACUCCCCUUCGUCCGCCGGUCCGACUUCCUAUUCCCCGACUUCACCAAACUACUCGCCGACUUCACCAUCGUAUAACGAAGAUGAUGAUUAGGUUAUAAGUACUCAUAGUUCGCGUUAUUGAUUUAUAAUUCAUAUUCGUUAUAUCGAAUGUCUUAUCUGAAAAAUAUUUGUUUUUAUUUCGAAUUUUCGACAUUCUAGUAGCAUCGCUUAAAAGCUUUGCUGAAAAGUAUUUAAGAAAUAUUAAAUUAGAUUAAGAAAGAAUGACUGUUUUCGGUGUAAGGAUUUAAGGAAUAAGAAAGUUCGUGUUACAUAAUAUUAGUGUAAUAAAAACUAAAAAAAUAAA